AUGGACAUUUUGUCAAGACAAGUGAACAAUCCAAAUAUGGGUUUUCAACCUAACCUGGCAAAACUGACAAGAAAUUUUAAAGUAGAGAACGAGUCCUCUUUGCGUCCUUUGGCGCUGCACGAUGGUAGCCAAGCGUUCCAAGGCGACGAGAAGGCCGAAUGCCUUGCCGACAGCUUUGAGCUACUAUGCUCACUUAGCUGGCAUUCCACCUGUCCAUCUGCGCAAAUUGAGUUGAAAUUUUACGCCGACGACACGGCGCGGCAA